AUGGGAGGUAUCUUGUUUCCCGUAGUCUGCGCCGCUCCGCGAAGCAAAGAGAUCAUGAAUCGUUUUAUUGAGCAAAAGGGCGUUGAUGAGGACGAAUGGAACCUUGUAUUCGUAAACAGCAUUGAAGACUAUUAUGAUAAGGCAUUCGAGCCACCAAUCGAGGAUGAUAGCAGCCCAGAUUCCCCAUUCAUCGGAAAGGCGCCUCAAGAAUGUCACCAACUGCUCUUGAAGCUUCUCGAGGAUACCGGGUCGGAAAUGAUGACCGACUACUUUGCUAUCAUGGACGACGGGUCAACACAAGACGACACUGUCCUGCGCGUAUGCGCAGAGAGGGAUCUCGAGAAUGAAGUCUUGGCCUGGCCGACUGUCCGUACUACCUUCCAGGCUUCGGCUGUCGCGCUGAUGUUGUAUCAUUCAGGGUACAGCAGUGUCGGGGAGGAUGUGGAACGUGCUCAACGUGAAGACGACAAUGUCUAUCGUGGAGAUUAG